AUGGAGGUGAAAGAUGUGGAAGGUACUGAUAAUGGGAAGAAUUGUUUUGCCAUCAUGAUGUUGUCUAAGAGUAGAAUGCCUUUCUUGAUUUCAGCUGAUGAACCUUCCAAGAGAGCUGCUAAUAGACUGUUCAAGAACUUCAUUGGAGAUGAUGGGCGGAUUUAUGCUUGUUCAGGCAGAAACUUUUUUGCCUUUGAAAGCAAUGGUUCUAUUGCGUGGAUGGUACACUUGAGUUAUACAUGCAACGCAAAUAUAGCUCCAGUAAAUGGUGGGUCAAGAAAGAUAUAUUUGGUUGCAGAAAAAAGAGUACUAAAAAUCUAUCCUUUAAGAAUUGGAACUUCUGAACCUGCCGUAGAAGUAUUUUUUGGUCCAGGACAAGGUACAGAAGUAACAGGAGAAAUUAUCGGAGUCUCUGCAAGCAUAUUCAGCUCAUGCGUGGUCAUUAACGUUAAGAACCAGGGGCUAUUUGCAUAUAGGUUGUAUGGACAACUCGUGUGGAGAGCUGGUCCAGUGCUUAAUCAGCACGGAUAUCUCCAAGGUUGCAGGAAUAAUAUUACAGAGUGCCAUUUUACUUCAGUACCUGUGAUUGAUCACUGUGAAGCUAGUAUCUAUAUCUCCAACAGUGUAGGGGAGCUAUAUUCCUUAUCAAUUCGUGGUCCUUAUUUUAAAUGGAUUCAAGAUCUUAGAUCAUUUGGAAGUACAUUUACAAUUACUCCUGGAAACAAUGGUCGUCUUUAUGUUACUAUACCAGAUGCAGCUCUCGUCCUGGCAUUGGAUGUUUCCACAGGACACAUUUUGUGGCAAGGAAGUAUUGGGCCAUUAAGUUCAGCAGAUUACGAGCCAGUGGUCGAUGCAAAUGGUUGGAUAUCUAUUGGCUCAUUGGAUGGAUUUCUUUAUUCAUUUUCACCCGUAGGAGCUCUGAGAAAAUUCCCAAAAUCUGCUAGUUUGGAUUCUGUAAUCCAAGUUAAUCCUGUACUUGACUGCUCCGGGUAUGCGGUUUACAUUUCUCAGACGGAAAUGGAAGGAAAAAUUUCACAGACAAUUGCGGAAUACACUUAUGUAUCAGCAUUAAAACCGAAAAAUGUUGCAUUAACUUUGCUUGUUCCAGCUUCUGGUUCCACCUACUGGUCUGGAAUUGAUCCUGGUAAUUUUUUGGUCAAGCUGUCCCAGAGUGAUCUGCAACAUUUUGUACUGGAUGAAAGAACUCUUCUGGCUUUUUUUGCUGCUUCAAGAAACGGCAACCCAUUGCCUUGUCGUAGCACAUGCCAGAAACUUGUGUCUAGCUGCUCACAAGUGAAGCCCAAGAGCAUAAGCAUCUACACAGGCAAUGAGAGAACAAUUAUAUUGUUUCUCUUAAUUGAAUCAGUAGUUUUAGUGUUCCUUGGAGCAGUAGUACGAUAUUGCUGCAUCUUUUGGAAGAAGAAAAAGCUUCAAGGUCUCAACCUGGGGAAGUUUCUUGAAAAAAGACGUUCCCUACUAUCCCAAAAGAAAGCAUUCGACAGAAUGAUCACAGAUCUGGAAUUGAAGGCUUCAGAAGAAGCAGUAGCCAACGAAGUGCUUGAAACACUAAGUGAUUUGGUUAAAGAAAGAGAAGACAUCAAGAGAAAGCUCUCAACAACAUACAGUUUAGGCAGAGACGGAGAGAAAUCACGUUCCAAAUUCCUCUUACCGUUGCGUUAUGGCAAAUCCAGGAGCUACUCAUUUCAAGGCUCCAAGAACGAGAGUAUUACGAUAUUUCACACACUUAGUGAAACUACUUCUUCUGGGGACUACAGCAGCAGCCCCAUUGAAGAGGCUGACAAUCUUCUCUCUGAAAAUGAAGAACUUGUUCCUGAUGCAAAGGCAAACGAAAAGGGAAAGGCUCCUAUUGAAGUUGAAAGCUCAAGUGAUGAUGAGAUUCAUGAAAACGAGUACGUUGCUGAUGAACCUUCAGCUUCGCAACGACUUGUACAUCCAUUGUAUUUGGAGGAUUCUUGCAGUGGAAUGGAGAAGGCGAAAGUGAAUGAUGAUGUAAAUGGUAUGGGAAAUACAGACAGUGGAAAUAGAAGGUUAAGGAGAAGAACCAUGUCCUUCACUAACUAG